UAAAGCGACGGUGUUCAUUGAUUGAAGAUGAAAUGUUCGUAAUACAAAAUUUGCUAAAAAUCUUAAACACGUAGCAAACCACACAGCAAAACAGAUUCUGCUGAUAUUUCUACAAACUUGCACGCAGACGGUCAGUAUUAAGUCGGCAAAAAACUAAGACGACGAGCUGGCGCAAGUAGCAGGGUGUCCGUGGACCAUGAGGGACAGCGGGACAAGCUUGGCUCAUAACCGCUGGCAGGGAGAGCUCUCCCUGACUGUGAGUCAAGAGGGCAGUCAUGGGGGUAUGGCAGGCGGACAUCUGCUAGGCUCUGACUCCCCUCACAGUGCCCAGAGUGGCAUGCACAUAAAACUGAGCCAAAAGGAAGGGGUCUGGACUGGAGAAUCUGUGGAACCAGAUGAGAUGGAUGAAGAGGAUGGAUUUGAUGACGAAGAGGAGGAGGAUGACUUUGAAGAUGAACAGUUGGAGGACAGAGAAGAGACUAAUUUUGAAUGUGCCCCAUUAGAAGAUGAGGAUGAAGAAGUAGACUGGCUUGUCCAAACAGAUCCAUUAUCACAAGUGCAGCAAUAUCAGAUGCAGUCACCUUCAGUGAAAGAACAGGCCGAAUUUGAAGCCAGGGACUUUCCUGAGAGCCCUCUACGGGCCCGGCUUCGUGGGCUCAGGCAACAAAGGCUGAAGCGAUGGAGGAGGCUCCGUGCCUGUACGGGCCUGCGUUUCCGUCUUGCUCAGAACUGGAAGACAUGGCGGCAGCGUGCAUUGUGGGUAGGCACUCUUGGGCACAGACGGGCAAGGCGGUGGCGCCAGUAUAGUCUUUAUUCGAGCAGACAAAGAAGGGAUCCUGGCCUUAGAUUAGCCCUGCAGACUGCAAAUGGAAGUCAAACAGAAGCUCCAUUUAGUGACUUGAAUGGUUAUCCUGGCCUUUCACAGUCCAGUUCAAUAAUCAGUGUUGGAAAACCUGAAGUCAGGGAUUUCUCAUCAGUGGUAAAUGAGAAGCCCACCACUCACAAGCUGGAACUGGCCCUUACAGAAGAGCAUGUGUCCUAUGUCCAAGAUGUUUUGGUUGAGUCUCACCAUAAAUAUGGCUGUCUGAUCCCUGUACAUACUGAUGAUAUUGUAGAGCAACUGCAGGAGAUCUUCAGUGAGAACUUCUCUCAGCCUCACAGGAAGGCAGAGGUGCGGCAGCUAAUGCAGUCCUACCAGAGAUCACCAGCAGGUAUGAGCAUGAUACGAGGGUUCAGUGUAAACUACAAGCGUCAUGUCCUUACCUUGGAUGAUCUUUGCACCCUAUAUGGACAGAACUGGCUCAAUGACCAGGUCAUGAACAUGUAUGGAGACCUUGUAAUGGAUUCAGUCCCUGACAAGGUUCAUUUUUUUAACAGCUUCUUUUAUGACAAGCUGAGAACUAAAGGUUAUGACGGUGUUAAACGGUGGACAAAAAAUGUUGACAUCUUCAGCAAGGAGCUACUGUUGAUUCCCCUUCAUCUGGAAGUGCACUGGUCACUAGUGUCAGUAGAUAUCAAACAACGUUUCAUCACCUACUUUGACUCCCAACGGACACUUAACCGUCGCUGCCCCAAGCAUAUUUUUAAGUACCUCCAGGCAGAAGCUAUGCUAAAACAACAGAGAGAUUUUCUCACAGGGUGGAGAGGCUUUUUUAAAAUGAAUGUAGGGAGACAGAAUAAUGACAGUGACUGUGGGGCAUUCGUCCUUCAGUACUGCAAGUGUCUGGCAUUGGGGCAGCCCUUCAGCUUCAGUCAACAGGACAUGCCGAAGCUGAGGAGACUCAUGUACAAAGAGCUUUGUCACCGCAAGCUCUCGCUGUGAUACCUGUGGACGGUUGCAGGAAAGGAGCAUCUGGAAACGGACUGUCUGAAAUGCAGAGAGACUUUAAACUGGACAUUUCAUAUUCAAACGCAGCUUUUUCUUUUGUACCAACAUUUUUUUGUGGUUGUCAGAGGCCAAUCUCUUUUCUAAAGGCUACCUUGUUGCAAUGUGGUGGUCAUGAUUAGGAGACGUUUUGGCUGUCAAUGAGGUAGAAUGUUUUUGAUUUUUAAAUUUUUUUUUUUUCCUCCCUCCAUCUGUAAAGGUGUUGCUAUGCUUUUUAUCAAGUGUUGGGAAGAGUGUUGUGCUACUCAACGUACAAAUAUAAAAUGACCCCACACCCCCUCCCCCCCUUUUUUUUUCCCAAUAAAUCAUGUCUUAU